AGGAUGCAUUGACCUUUGAUGAUGUGCAUGUUCACUUCACUCGGGAGGAAUGGUGCUUGCUGGAUCCAUCUCAGAAGAGACUUUACAAAGAUGUCAUGCUGGAGAACUACAGGAAUCUCACUGCUAUAGGCUACAGUUUGAAUGACCAUAACAUUGAAGAACAUUGUCAAAAUGAUAGAAGAUAUGGAAGGCACGAAAGAAGUUCUGCUGGGGAGAAACCCUAUGAAUAUACACAAUGGGAUAAAGCCUUCAAAUAUCACAGUCAUCUUCAAAAGCUUGAAAGAAACCAAACUCAAGACAAAAACUCUGAAGUCUUUCAACAUAGUAAAGUGCUUGCAUGUCAAAGUACUCUCCAAAGAAAUAAAAGAACAGAUACUAGAGAGAAAUGCUACAAAUGUAAUGAAUGUGAUAAAGCCUUUUUACAGCUCAAGUAUCUUCGAGUACAUGAAAAAACACAUUCUGGGAUGAAACCCUAUGAAUGUAAUCAAUGUGGUAAAGCCUUUUUACAUCUCAGCUAUCUUAGAAUUCAUGAAAGAACACAUACUGGAGAAAAACCUUACAAAUGUAAUGAAUGUGGUAAAGCCUUUACACAAAGGAGUCAUCUUCAAAGCCAUAAAAUAGUACAUACUGGAGUGAGACCCUACAUGUGUAAUCAGUGUAAUAAAGCCUAUCCACAGCGGAGUUAUCUCCGAAAACAUGAAAGAACACAUACUGGAGAGAAACCCUACACAUGUAAUCAAUGUGGUAAGGCCUUUUUACAACCCCUCUAUCUUCAAAUACAUGAAAGAACACAUACUGGAGAGAAACCCUACAAAUGUAAUCAGUGUGAUAAAGCCUUUGCACAUUUCACGUAUCUUCAAUUACAUGAAAGAAGACACACUGCAGAGAAACCCUAUGAAUGUAAUCAAUGUGGUAAAGCCUUUUUACAACCCCUCUAUCUUCAAAUACAUGAAAGAACACAUACUGGAGAGAAACCCUAUGAAUGUAAUCAAUGUGAUAAAGCCUUUGCACAUUUCAAGUAUCUUCGAGAACAUGAAAGAAGACACACUGCAGAGAAACCCUAUGAAUGUAAUCAAUGUGGUAAAGCCUUUUUAUAUCCCAGCAAUCUAAGAACACAUGAAAGUACACAUACUGGAGAGAAACCUUACCAAUGUAUUCAAUGUGAUAAAGCCUUUCCACAACUCAAGUGUCUUAGAUUACAUGAAAGAAGACAUACUGGAGAGAAACCCUAUGAAUGUAAUCAAUGUGGUAAAGCCUUUUUACAACCCUACUGUCUUCGAAUACAUGAAAGAACACAUACUGGAGAGAAACCCUACAAAUGUAAUCAAUGUGGUAAAGCCUUUUUACAACCCCACUAUCUUCGAAAACAUGAAAGAACACAUACAGGAGAGAAACCUUACCAGUGUAAUCAGUGUGAUAAAGCCUUUGCACAAGGCAAUAAUCUCAAAGUACAUACAAGGAUGCAUACUGGAGAGAAACCCUAUGAAUGUAAGGGAUUUGGUAAAGCCUUUGCACAUUACAAUACGCUCCAAUUACAUAAAAACGACCAUACUGAAGAAAUUCUAUGAAUGUAAUCACAGGGUGAACCAUUUGAAAAUCACAGUAGUCUCUGGAAACAAAAAAGGAACCAUCUAGGA